CGCGUUUUACUCUCGUUUAUUGCGUGAAGCGACGAGUGCAAUAAUUAUCCUAGGUCAGGAUGACCGCCUGUAAAAUAUUCCUCCAGCAUUUCUGUAAAUUCAAAGUUUCGCCCUCGAAUCUAGUAAAAUAUUCAGCGAAUCGCAGUUAUCACUCGACAGGAGGAGUUUAUGCCACGGGCAAUAGCGAUGACACGCUUGGAGGGGUCAUCAGACGUUGGAGCCAGAGGUUCGAGGAGGAAGGAGUUCCCGAACCCGUGGGCUCCAUCGAACACAUUGCCGCACACGUCAUAGGAAAAAAAAGGAUUAUAGAUCUGGUGAAUUCUUUUGAUAGGAGGAUGACUGCGGAUGAGGUGCAGAGGCUGGAGUCACUUUGUGAAUGCAGAUUAUCAAGAAUGCCCGUUCAAUAUAUAAUCGGUGAAUGGGACUUCCGAGACAUCACUCUGAAACUAGUUCCCCCAAUCUUCAUACCCCGUCCUGAAACCGAAUUCUUCAUCGACUUCAUCCUGAAACGACUCUCCGAGUCCCCCGAUGAGACAUUACGUGUCCUAGAAAUUGGAACAGGCUCUGGUGCUAUUUCCCUAGCGCUGGCUCAUGCUUGUGAUAAGGUGCGAUGUAUAGCCAUCGAUCAAAAUCCACAUGCCUGUGACCUUGCGAGGGAAAACUGUCGGAACUUGAAGCUCGAGGAUCGAAUUUCGAUCGUCAAUGCUGCCCUGGAGGCUCCAGGGAGGAUCACAGAUGUGAGUGGAGACUGCGGUAUUGAUUUCGAAGAGGAAAAAUUCGAUUUCAUCGUUAGCAAUCCACCGUAUAUUCCUACUAAGAAAAUUAUGGAGUUGGAACCGGAGAUUAAAGUUUUCGAAGAUAUCAGAGCACUGGACGGUGGGCCGGAUGGUCUAAAACUGAUAAAGCCUAUCAUGAGGUAUGCCUCAACAUCGCUGAAACCAGGCGGUCAUUUAUUCCUAGAAGUCGACUCAUCCCACGGCGAAUACAUCAAAUUUUUCACCGAAAAAUUCACCGACCUAAACCUGAAAUUCGGCCACAUUUACAAGGAUUACUGUAACAACGACAGGUUUAUUGAAAUAACCAAACUGAACUGAUUAAACUGAAUAAAUAAUAAUUGUACAAAUUUA